AUGCCCCUGUCCCUGGGAGCCGACAGGUGGAGGCCUGCGGCCCGGCUGCUGCUGUUGCUGCUGGCGUCCCUUGCAGGCCGGUGCCGGGCUGGCAAGCUGGAGACCUUGGACCUGGUGACGGUGGUGCUGGGCCAGGAUGCAAAGCUGCCCUGCUUCUACCGAGGGGGCCCUGAUGAGCAGGUGGAGCAGGUGUCCUGGGCCCGGGUGGACGCCGGCGAGGGUGCCCGGGAGCUGGCGCUGCUGAACUCCAAGUACGGGCUGCACGUGGGCACGACCUACGAGGGCCGGGUGGAGCGGCCGCCUCCUCCGCGGAGCCCCCUGGACGGCGCGGUGCUGCUGCGGCACGCGGUGCAGGCGGACGAGGGCGAGUACGAGUGCCGCGUCAGCACCUUCCCCGCCGGCAGCUUCCAGGCCCGGCUGCGGCUCCGUGUGCUGGUGCCUCCGCUGCCUUCGCUGAACCCCGGGCCAGCGCUGGAAGAGGGCCAGGGCCUGACACUGGCCGCCUCCUGCACUGCAGAGGGCAGCCCGGCCCCCAACGUCACCUGGGACACCGAGGUCAAGGGCCUGGCAUCCAGCCACUCCUUCAAGCACCCCCGCUCAGCCGCUGUCACGUCCGAGUUCCAUUUGGUGCCCAGCCGCAGCAUGAACGGGCAGCCACUCACCUGCGUGGUGUCCCACCCCGGCCUGCUGCAGAGCCGCAGGAUCACCUACACCCUCCGAGUGGCCUUCCUUGCCGAGGCCUCUGUGAGGGGCCUUGAAGACAGGAAGCUGUGGCAGGUUGGCCGAGAAGGGGCCACGCUCAGGUGCCUGAGCGAAGGGCAGCCCCCUCCCUCUUACAACUGGACACGGCUGGACGGGCCUCUGCCGAGUGGGGUGCGCGUGGACGGGGACACUCUGGGCUUCCCUCCGCUGACCGUGGAGCACAGUGGCACCUAUGUGUGCCACGUCAGCAAUGAGCUGUCGUCGAGGGACUCUCAGGUCACCGUGGAGGUUCUUGACCCCCAGGAAAGCUCCGGGAAGCAGGUGGACCUGGUGUCGGCCUCGGUGGUGGUGGUGGGCGUCAUCGCAGGGCUCCUGCUCUGCCUCCUGGUGGCCGUGGUGCUGCUGAUGUCCCGGUACCACCGGCGCAAGGCCCAGCAGAUGACGCAGAAAUACGAAGAGGAGCUGACGCUGACCAGAGAGAACUCCAUCCGGAGGCUGCACUCCCACCACGCGGACCCCAGGAACCAGCCGGAGGAGAGUGUGGGGCUGAGGGCCGAGGGCCACUCUGAAAGUCUCAAGGACAACAGCAGCUGCUCCGUGAUGAGUGAAGAGCCAGAGGGCCGCAGUUACUCCACGCUGACCACCGUGCGGGAGACGGAGACGCAGACAGAGCUGCUGACCCCGGGCUCCGGCCGUGCCGAGGACGAGGACGGCCGGGAUGAAGGCAUCAAGCUGGCCAUGACCCACUUUGUGCAGGAGAAUGGGACGCUGCGGGCCAAGCCCAGUGGCAAUGGCAUCUACAUCAACGGCCGGGGGCACCUGGUCUGACCCAGGCCCCCCCACGCCCGGCCCCUCCUGCUCAGUGGCCUGAACACCCCAUUCCUUAGGGGGGUAUGCCCCCCCAUGGACUGCUCGAC